CCGUCCCUCCCGCCGCCGCCGCCGCCGCCGCCAUGGGCCUCACGGUCUCCGCCAUCUUCUCCCGCAUCUUCGGCAAGAAGCAGAUGCGGAUCCUGAUGGUGGGGCUCGACGCCGCCGGUAAGACCACCAUCCUCUACAAGCUGAAGCUGGGUGAGAUCGUCACCACCAUCCCCACCAUCGGGUUCAACGUGGAGACGGUGGAGUACAAGAACAUCUGCUUCACCGUCUGGGACGUGGGCGGCCAGGACAAAAUCCGACCCCUCUGGAGACACUACUUCCAAAACACACAGGGUCUCAUCUUCGUGGUAGACAGCAAUGACCGAGAGCGGGUGCAGGAGUCUGCCGAGGAGCUGCAGAAGAUGCUGCAGGAGGACGAGCUGCGGGACGCCGUCCUGCUGGUGUUUGCCAACAAGCAGGACAUGCCCAACGCCAUGGCGGUGAGCGAGCUGACCGACAAGCUGGGGCUGCAGACGCUGCGCAGCAGGACCGUGAGUGAGCAAGACCCUCCAGUGGUGUCCCCCAUCGGUGUCCCCCAGGACUGA